CCGAUCAAGUUACGCACACCCUUUUCCGGCCAGUCCAGCGCGCCCAUCGAUGUCGUGGCCAUAUCAGGAGCCCAUGGACAUGAUAGCCUAUGAGACACGCACCAGAGCGAGUUUCUUUAGCGACCCUCGUCUGGCACCGCUCCUCACCCUCCUCCCCCUCGUGUUGCUCCACCACCUCUUCCUCCUCUGAAACCGCAGAAGAUGAAAUCGAAUCUCUGUCCGUCAUCCCCAUAGCCAUCUGGCAACGCACCUCGGCCGGGAUCAACUCCCUCGCAUUCUCGCAGGACGAUCAGACGCUGCUUGUUGCCGGGCACGAUGGCUUGCCCUAUCGAGUCUCUAUCGUAGAUGCGGCCCGGCCAAAAGUGCUCCAGGAACUCGCGGGCUAUAACUGCGAUCCUGUCGCCGCGAUUCGCGCAUCCUCCUCCUCUUCUGCUUCUCAUCUUCAUUCUGUAUUCGCCGCCGGUAAAGAUGGGUCUAUCAAAAUCUGGAAUCUUUGACCCCCUCUCUCAUCUUUAUCUUCUUCUGUCACACUUUGAAAUCUGAGAAACAAAAAUUCACUUGUCGUGUAACUCUCAUGUAUUAUAUUAUCAUCAACUAGCUACCGAUUUCCUUCCAUUUUUUUUGUCCAAAUAUUGGUUGAUCAUUCGUGUCCAUCAUCCCAGUUGUCUCCUUUUGGAACUUGUUCACCUUGGGAAGAGCUAUUGACGCCGACACUUCCCCCUCAUUUGCGGUGGGCGAAUCUGGAAGCAAUAAGUAGAAGCCAUGUGUAUAAUUCUAAGGUGGAUCCUAA